AUGGAGGGCCGCGUGAUAUGCACAUCUCAAAAUAAUCACCCAUAUGUAAGAGAGCUUUUGUCACUCAUUUUAAACAAAAAAGAAUUUAACCAAUUGUCGGAUUUAGUUGAUCAAUUGAAUGGUCAGUUGAGAGCACUUGAAGUCCUAGGAGUAACUAAAGAUAAAUAUGCAGCAUUUCUAUUACCAAUGGUGGAGUCGGCACUUCCAAGUGACACAUUAAUUAUAUGGGAGAGAACAAGAACUGAAAACGCUUCGGAAGAUCCGUUGAACUCAUUGCUACUCUUCUUAAAAAGAGAAAUUGAAAGUGAACAAAGAAUAUCAAUGGCUAAAAAGACAUUUAAUAAUCAACACGAAGCUAUUAAAACAGCUGGUCCUACUGCAACCUGCCUUAUGAUUAAUGAAAAACAAAAACAAAAAGAAAAGAUACGUAGCUGCAUAUGGUGUGGAAAAAAUCAUACAAGCUUGGAGUGUUUCAAGUUGUCAAGUAUUACAAUUACAGAGAGAAGGGAAAUUUUAAAGAAGAAGAAAGCUUGUGUAUUAUGCUUAAAACCUGGCCAUCAUGCAAAAGUAUGCCGAUUUUAUAUUAAGUGUUAUGUAUGUGGACAAAAGCACUCACCAGUAUUGUGCACAGCUGCAGUGGAACCUAAAUCUGUAAAAGAAACUACACUUCAGAACCUGUCACAAGAUAUGAAGACUGUUCAGCAGACCUUAUUACAAACUGUCGCAGUGAAGAUCUACAACGGGAACCGGAGCACCAUAGUGAGAGCCCUCUUUGAUAGUGGAUCACAGCGGUCAUACAUCAAGAGUGAAGUCGCUGAACAAUUGGGAUUAUCUGCAGUAAGAACUGAAGAAAUUAGCCACUCACUAUUUGGAGGUUUAUCCGUAUCUUUUAAAAAAUAUAAUGUUUAUGAUUUUAAAAUAGAGAGCUUAGACUCUGAGGUAAAAUUAAAAAUGUCUGCAUUAGAGCAGUCUGUAAUUUGUAAAAAUGUACCUAAAGUCAAUGAGUCCCAUGACUUUGUUAAAAAAAUAUUAGAUAAACAUGGGAUACAUUUAACAGACAGAGAUUGUAUUAGCAAAGAUAUAGAGCUCUUAAUUGGAGCUGAUUUCUCGGGGCUGUUAAUAACUGAAUCAUUUGUUCAGCUCGAAAAUGGGCUAACAGCAAUAAAAACAAAGUUAGGCUGGACGUUACAAGGGAAAACAUGCUUAGUAGGUAGUAAUAUUGUAACGUCUCUAUUUUGUUUACAAAAUAUUAAAGAUUUUUGGGAUCUAGAGGUAUUAGGCAUUAAUGACCCUACACAGGUGCAGUCUAAACAGCAGAAAGAAGAGGAGGUGAUGACAAGUUUUGAAGAAAACAUACAAGUGAACACCGAAGGACGAUAUGAAGUCCAUCUGCCAUGGAAGACAGGCCAUGAGGAUAUCCAGAGCAACGAGCAACUCGCCAUUCGCCGCCUAGAAUCUAUCACAAAGAAACUAACAGCAUCUGGUAAGUUUGAUGAUUAUAAUAAUGUCUUAGGUGAAUGGGAGCGUUCGGGUAUCAUCGAGGAAGUACCUGUUGAAGAAAAGAAUAAAGAAGGGGUUCACUACCUACCUCAUAGAGCUGUGAUGAAGGAGUCGAGUCUCACCACGAAGCUGAGACCUGUAUAUGACGCAUCUGCAAAGGAUUCGAAUGGUAUGUCAUUGAAUUCAUGUCUAGAUAAAGGAGUAAAUUUCCUAGAUAAGAUUCCCAAUCUAUUAACUGGAUUUCGUAAGGGUUACAUUGGUAUCACUGCUGACAUUGCCAAGGCAUUUCUGCAGAUAUCAGUGACACCACAAGAUCGCGAUUACCUGAGGUUUGUUUGGUGGAAAGAUAAUACAUGUGAGGAGAUUAAGGUAUAUAGACACUGUAGAGUAGUUUUCGGGUUGACAGCUAGUCCAUUUUUACUGUCAGCAACCAUAUCACAUCACCUUAAUCAAGUCACAGAACAAAAAGACACCGCAGAUAUCUUAGCUAGAUCAUUUUAUGUAGACAAUUUAGUAACUAGCUUAGAUUCAAUUGAACAAACACAGAAAUUUAUUCAAGAUGCUAAGAGGGUCAUGAAUGAAGGUAAAUUCGAUCUAAGACAGUGGGUCACAUCACCUUUAGAAAUAAAUGAGACUCAAAACACAGUGAUCUCGAUAUUAGGUCUUCAAUGGGACACUGAUACAGAUGAGCUAUUUGUAACAUAA